UUUGUGCAUGAACACAUUUUUUGUUUUUUUUUGAUAUUAAUACAAUUUGAUAACAAAAAUAAUAUUUUUAGAUCACAACCGAAUGUUAAGUUUUUAAAUUUUGAAAAUAAUAAAAUAAAAAUGGAAAGUUUUAUUCAUAUUCCUCAUGAAAGCGAUUUCCCUUUAGAAAAUUUACCAUAUGGAGUUUUUUCAACCAAGAAUGAUCCAAAAAAACGUAUUUGUGUGGCCAUUGGACUGUAUGUUUUCGAUCUUUCUUCCGUUUCUCAUCUCUAUCCACAAGAGGUCCAGAAUGCUUUAAGGGCAACGUCACUAAAUACAUUAAUGGGUUUGAACUAUGACCAGUGGGACGUAGUAAGAAAACGAACGCAACAUUUGCUAUCAAGAGGAUCUGAACUGGAGCAGAAUAUUGAUUUAAGAGAGAAAUCAUUAAUUUUGCAAACUGAAUGUGAGAUGCAUCUACCAGCCCAAAUUGGUGAUUACACCGACUUUUAUUCGUCUAUUCAUCAUGCUACUAAUGUCGGUUUAAUGUUUCGUGGAAAAGACAAUGCUCUAAUGCCCAAUUGGAAAUACCUUCCAGUAGGGUAUCAUGGUCGUGCAAGUUCAAUUGUGGUAUCUGGUACACCAAUUAAACGCCCUAAAGGGCAAACGCUCCCAGUAGACGGGCAACCACCAGUUUUUGGACCAUGUCGCCUGUUUGAUUUUGAACUAGAAAUGGCUUUUUUUAUUGGUGGCGCAGAAACAAAAUUAGGUGAAACUAUUAAAGCUGAAGAUGCUUGGAAAAAUAUAUUUGGAUUUACUUUAAUGAAUGAUUGGAGUGCAAGAGACAUUCAAAAGUGGGAAUAUGUCCCCUUAGGACCUUUCACUGCUAAGAACAUGGGAACAACAAUAUCACCCUGGGUUAUUCCAGUAGCCGCUUUAGAACCAUUUUUAAUUGAUAAUUUUCCUCAAGAACCAGAAGUUUUUCCUUAUUUGAAACACAAUAAGAAAUUCAAUUUUGAUAUAAAUUUACAAGUUGCUAUCAGGCCUGAUGGAAAGGACGCCACAACUGUUUGCAAGUCUAACACAAAAUACCUCUAUUGGACUCCGUUGCAACAGGUAGCACAUCACACAGUUACGGGAUGUAACAUAAGACCCGGCGACUUAAUGGCAUCCGGUACAAUUAGCGGGGAAACUGAUGACUCAUUUGGUUCAAUGCUUGAGUUAAGUUGGAAGGGUACCAAGGAAGUAAGAUUAGGUAACGGUGCAGUGAGAAAGUUCUUGCAAGAUGGUGAUGAAGUUGUAAUAACCGGUUUUUGUAAAAAAAAUGGUUUAAGGAUUGGUUUUGGUUCAUGUACCGGUAAAGUUUUGCCUGCAGAUUUAUAAGUUUACAUUUGUGUUUUUAUUUGUUCUUUAAAUAAAAAGAGAAGAAAUCGCUUCAAUAUUUCAA